GAAAAGAAAAACUUCUUUGGUUAAACAUUAACAUGAGUUUUAAUGCGACUUUAACCCUGAGGAACAGCGGAAGAAGAUAUCAGGCCAAGAUCUCAUAUAAAGUGGUGAAAAUGAGUGAUAUAGAUGAUGACAGUGAAGUAUCCUUCUCAGUUAAAUUUUUGGGUCGUGUCCGGGUGGUCAGUCCAGGUGGGAUGCAGAUAUUGACAAAUGCAGUGCAGAAUCCUAAUAAAGAGGUGGAUGAGAAAAUGAAGAAAAGUAAAAAUAAAGUUCAUCUGUUUCUGAGCAGGAGUGCCAUUGACAUACUGGAACAUAAGACAAAGUUCAUGCUGUACACGUGCCCUCUGGCCUCCAUCUCAUUCUGCGCAGUUCAUCCGACCCAGCCCAAAAUCCUUGGCUUUGUAGCCAAACACCCUGCGUCAGACGUCUUCCACUGCUACAUCUUACAGAGCAAGAAGUUUUCUCAUCUGUUGGUGUCCGUUAUUGGUGAUGCUUUCCAGGCCUGUAAACAGAAUGAAAGUCUAGGAAGUGAUCGUGAUCUUGUGGUGGAGGCUUUGAGGCACAAGAAUAAGAUACUGCAGCGUGAGAAUGCUGAGCUCAAGAGAAGACUUCGAGGAGAAAAUGCUGAUGGAGUACAGAAUAUUCAUGAAAAUGAUUCAGACACUGAUAAAGUCUCAUCUAAUUCAGGGCAGUCCACAUCACAGGUGAGAUUCUUCUCAGAGGAUGAAAAACUUCCUUUAAAAAGAAAUUUCUGAGUAGAAACAAAUAAACUCAGAUGGAGAAACUACAUCUGAAAUGCCACAAAUAAGAUUAUUAUGACAUUUCAAAUCUGUAAAAAAAAAAACAAUUGGUGAUGUUUCAUUGGGUCUGUGGUGGUGACAUCACACUUGGGGCGGAGUUACGUUAGAUCGAUCAGUUUCUGUUAGUUAGUCACUAUAUGAGCUUUUACUGUACAUUGUGUUAGUUAAUAAAACACUCACAUGUGUGGGUCCAAGUAUCUCAAACUGAUGUUUUGUUGUAAAUAUUUUACCACAAAUACUCAGAGCUCAAUAAUAUCUAAAUAAAAAGAUUUUCUUAAAAAUCUUUCUUUCUGUA